AACAACGUUAGCAGGCUGACACGUUCAUAUUCUACUCAGCGAUCGUAAUAACUCUUGCUCCUUUAAAUCAACAAUCAUUUCCUAAAUCUCCAACGCUUUCCCUGAAUCUCUACUCAAUUAGGUUAUCAGUCGUCUUGCGAUCCGCUCUAGAAAAUUGACUGAAUUUUUUUGGUGCCAUGGCUGAUCAAGCAAAAGUGGCCGAGGUCACUGCUUUAUUGAACAAGCUUCGUGAGGAUUUAGUCAAGAAAUCGCUAUCCGUGACCGAAAAGCAAAAGACGUUUGAAUCUCUCAAGAUACUCGGACGUAGUGUCCAGAAUGCGGCUCCCAUCUUCACGAAAGACGGAAUCGAGGUCCUCGGGCGACAUGGUUUAGAUGCUUCACCGUCGGCUGCGUCAAGAGAAGCCUUGAAGUGCCUAGCCAAUGCUCUCUUUCUCGAGUCAAAGACCAGACAAAUAUUUGUCGAUCUUGGUUUCGCAGAAAAAGCAGCCGAUCGACUCAAGUGUGAUAAUCUAGACGACCAGUUCCUACUGUCCCGUCUCCUCUUUUAUACAACUUACGAUACCAACUUAGACUUUGAUCGCCUAAUAGACCAGCAUAAGUUGGCUAUUAAUAUCAAUCAAAACAUUACCAGAAUCGCAAAACAUUUCAGCAAAAAGAAGCACAAGUUGCCACUGGCGCCCCAGGAGGAAAUGGCAUUAUCCGAGUCUCUCAAACUAAUCUUCAACAUCAGCCACUAUUAUCCCGAUCGCACUGGCUGUUUCACAUCGUCCAUCCCUGAAAUCCUCAAAAUUCUUCUGCGCCUCAAACUGCCUACCCCACCAAUGGACCCUCCUGUCAACUUCCUCGUCAAUGCACUCAUCAACCUUGAUCUCGAAGACAAAGCUGGUCAAGCCGUUGGUAGCAGCUUGCUGUUUCCUAAAUUUGAUACAAAGUGCAAUGCUGAAAUGCUAAUCAAUCUUCUUGACGAAGCCAUUGUCGUGUAUCGGGGAGAGCAGCGUGACGUCUUGGCCGCGCCGUUAGUUACUUUAAUACGGCGCGUCCAUGAUUGUGCUCCCGAUGGAGUCAAGCGGUAUAUGCAAUGGCUUCUGUUACCCUCCGACGAAGAGCGAGCAAAGCCGCUUGGAAAAUCGGAUACGUUAGCAUCACGCUUACUACGGCUCUCAUCGGAAUCAACGUCACCCCCCAUGCGGGAGUCCAUUUCGUCUUUGAUGUUUGAGCUUUCCGGCAAGGACGCUUCAAGCUUUGUCAAGAAUGUUGGAUAUGGAUUUGCGUCUGGUUUCCUUGUCAGCCACAAUGUACCCAUCCCGGAAAAUGCCAUGGAGGCUUGGAGCACUCAAGGGCAAGAUUCGAGCAAAGAAUCGGGCAAAAGCAGCCAGGAGGCCUUUAUCAAUCCGAUUACCGGACAGCGCUUGGAUAAGGAGGCCAAGGAUACGGGCCCGCCCAUGACGGACGAAGAAAAGGAACGCGAGGCAGAACGUCUAUUCGUACUGUUCGAAAGGCUUAAGAAGACGGGCGUGGUGAACGUGAAGAAUCCCGUCGAACAAGCUGUUGACGAAGGACGAUUUGAAGAGCUUGACUAAAUGGUCUCUGUCUCACCAGAACCAGAAUGAUAUAAGUGUCUUGCAUUUGAGUGGAGUCACUGGAAUUGCAGCAAAAGUUGUCAUAUUUCUUCCUCGACUACCCCCUUUUUUCCGUUGGAUGUUAUUGUCGCGUGUGCAUCCUCGACUGCAGAUUUCUGAAGCCCUGAUGUUCUUCAUCUUUUAGUAGUAUUUAAACUCAUUUUUACCUCUUUCUUGGAUUUUAAACCAAAGGCUUCAAUUUAAUAUUUUAUUUAAAGCGUAUCAUGUAUAAAAUUGUUUGUCUAAUAAUCCAGCC